AUGGUGAACCCAGGUCAUUUUAUAUAUCCGCCACCUAACAGUGAAACCGACGUUCAAAAGUACAACUAUCUCGACACGGUUAUUGUGUCCUGGGAGACUCUUGCCCAAAAUGUGACGCCCACUUACCUCAGUAUAUAUUAUUUUCUAAACGACGGAAAUGGGUGGCAACUUGGUUAUAAUCAGUCCGUGCCUACCGAGGGAUCGCGAAAAGUCGAUCUAAACAUUAUCGAAGCAGGUUACUAUGGCCAAUUCAAUUUGAUGUAUUGGCUUCCGAACAAUGGUGGGCUUGGAAAAUAUCUCAGCGAAUUCUUUACCGUGAAUCAUGAUAAAGAUAGUGAGCCAGUCAUUUGGGGGUCUACUUCGAGUGCUACUUCGAGCGCAACAACCACGUCAACCUCUUCAACAGCCACAUCUACACUAUCGACAUCCACACUAUCGACAUCCACACUGACAACAUCUACACUGGCAACAUCUACGCUGUCAACAUCCACGGUGACCACUUCAUUAAUCACGUCUACACUGGCAGCAACAGCUACUACGUUAGCUACUCCCGGGGCGGCUAGCGCCAGCACACCAGGGCAGGCAUCCACUGCUACCGGCGAGGGUUCACAAUCGUCUUCUUCUGGACUCAGUAAAGGAGCUAUUGCGGGUAUAGUAGUCGGCGUAGUCGCCGCAGUAUUAGCUGUGUUGGCUAUUGCAAUGUUUCUUUUCCGUCGAAGGAACAAGAGCCAUACACAAAUACGCGAUACCACGCCACGCGAGCUCGAUGAAAAGGUCAACGAGCAACUUAUACUCCAACCCGUUUCCGAGCUCCCAGCAACAAACCGAACGGCGGAGCUUUCGUCGUCACGGAUGGUUGCAGAGCUUCCAUCAUGA